GGGUAAGAGAGUACACAGCACAGCACCGCGUGUUGGAGGAGGUGGUGCAGCUUGGCAACAUGGUCACCAUCUCCGUGGUGCUUCGGCAGGUGCCGAAAGUGCGAUCUUUGAGACUGCUGCAGAGCAGCAGAGACGUUUCGACCACGUGAUUAGAGGAGGUAGCAGUUCUUGCGACGAGAGAGGUGGCAGUUUUGGCGGCUCGAUUUAUUCCCAAAAACGUCACACCAUGGCGACAGCACGAGGAGGUGGACUAGCACAGCAGCGUGAUUAUCGUCCUCUCGAGGACCGCAUGAUCGGUCCUCCUGCUGGUCCUGGAAAGGGGCAGUGUCUUUUGGACAGAAAUCUCGUUUCAUCCUCGGCACCACGUGGACUUGAACAUGAUAAACAACAACACAAUGGAGGAGGUGGACCUAAAGGACAUAAUGGACCUAAAGAACACAAGUUGCGCGAAUUGUCAUCUGCUGAUGAAGAUAACUAUCCGGAUCCGUCGCGUGGUCCUCCACGACCAGAGGAGCACCACUACAGCACGACAGUCGCCCACGAGAGCGAGAAAUCCAACGGGGGUGGUGGAGGCGAUCACCUCAUCUCUCAACCGAGAUCAUCCGACCACGUCUCCUCGUCGCCAGAGGAGCGCACCUCCGUCGAAACUGGCAUCGCGCGGGGUAUGGGCGCCUCGUCCAGCCCCAGGAGUACGCACAACAAGGGGAAGAUGCACACUCAUCUCCCAAAAGGCAGUCCCAAAGGUCCGAAAGGCACCAAUGGCAACAUUCCAGGAGGUCCAGGCCCGGUCCCGGCGAUUGCGUCCUCCAGUCCCGACCAUGCACCUAGAUCCUCAUACGAUGACGACGCUCUUGAUCGUGUCGCGGCGCUGCAACAUCAUGGGAACACCAUAUACAAGAACAGCGCUAGUAAAGGGCAACAGCAGCAGGCUUUCUCUUUGAGUGCAGC